AGAGAGAAAGAAGAAAAAAAAAAUUGUUAAAAAAAGGAGAGAAAUGGAGCAUGAGAGUUUUCCUCAUAUGAUUCAUGAACACCCUCUGAGUCUGAUCCUCCGACUCGGCCAAGCAAAGUCAAUAUUACAACUCAUGGUGUUAUGGUUGUUGGAGAUACAUUUUACCCGGAGAUGCAACGUAUGGAUGCAGCCUCAGGUGUGGAUUUCCAAGGUUGUUACACAAAGAAUGCAUGGAAAUGCCGCGAGAGAUUAUGCAUCCUAUCCAUCCUUCUCACCCUCUCACACUCGAUUAUCUUGCAUCAACAGAAUGUGCAGUUUGUAAAGAAAGGGUGUAUGGGUUGAGGUACAGCUGUAGCCAAGAGGACUGUGAUGGAUGGGGGAUCCACUUGGGAUGCGCGGGGUUUCUUACUGAUAAGCAGCCGCUUAUGUACCACCCAAGCCACCCUCAACAUCAGCUACGCUUUUCCAAGAAAAUGAUAUUCCACUGCGAAGCUUGUGGCUCCACUCAGAAAGGAGACUCCUACAUCUGCACCAUUUGUGACUAUUGCAUACAUGAGAGCUGCGCGCUUCUCACACUGUCUGCGGACUUCCCUCAUCAUCACCCCAACCACUCUCUCUCACUCGCAUUUACUCUCCCAUCUGAGUACAUCAAAUAUGAAUUUGAUUGUGCUAUAUGCAGCACGACUUUGCCAUUGAGACGUUGGGUCUAUCAUUGCCAUCUUUGCAGAUAUGUCGUCCAUCUCAAAUGUGUCACUUCCACAUUUCAUGAUGACAAUGAAAAUGAAAAUGAAAAUGAAAAUGCAAAUGCAAUUGAUGGGAAAGAGGCUACCAAGUUUCCAAUAGCAAUAGAAGACAUGUAUGAGGAGAUGAUCAAACCCUUCGUUAAGCAACAAAAAGAGCAAAUUCUCAUCCCUCAUCAUGAUUGUGACAAUCAUAACGUCAGUGGCAAGUACAAAUUCUCCGAACACCCUCAUGAUCUAACUUUUUCUGCGUUUUCUUCAGCUUCAUCGUCUUCAUCACAUGAUCACUACAAAAGAGAUGAAGACGAUGAAGAUGAUUUUGAGAGUGUUCCAAGAUCCGAAUUAACAUGUGAUGGGUGCACAUUGGCUAUACAUGAAAAGAAGCAAACAAAUGGUGAUGGGUAUGAGAGUGGUUACAUGAGUUGUGAUAAAUGCAAAUACUUUCUCCACUUGUCAUGCUUCAACUUACCACAUGAGAUCCCCAAUCUUCCAAUUCAUUCUUUCACAGAUCACAGUCUAAAGCUUCGAAGUGCUGGCAAGCUAACAAGCUGGAUAGAGUGUUAUGUUUGUGAUAGUUCUACAAAUGGGCUCUUCUACACUUGUACCAACAAUGACUGUUUGUUCACAAUAGACAUCAAGUGUGCUUCUCUACCCAACACCAUAAAACACGCAGCUCAUCAACGACAUAAUCAUCUCAACCUUGUCUCAGACGAGGAUUUUUACGGUGCUAAUUUAUGUGUUCACUGUAAUAGGUAUAUAUACACACGAAGGGGACACUUUAAAUGCAAUAGAUGUAGAUUCAGUGUGUGUGGUAAAUGUGUGAUGCUACCACCAACAAAUAAGCAUAGAUUGGAGAAUCACUUGUUCUCGUUGACAUAUGAAGCCUAUGCAAACCAUCCUGGUGAUUUCUACUGUAGCAGCUGCGAAUACCAAAUGCACCCCAGAAGCUGGAUGUAUCAUUGCCGAGACUGCGAUCAAUCCUUUCAUCCCAAAUGCUUUCCAGCUACGUCCGGCAAGUAUAGAAACAUCAAAUAUGGGACAGAGCAGUAUGUGAUUUCCGGUAUUCAUGAUCACCCUCUUAGAUUUGAAAUCAUAUCCAAGAAAAAGAGAUGCGACCUAUGUCAUGAAGAUAGGUAUGAUGAGCCUGGAUUUCAAUGUGUGUCAUGCUUCUUUGUCGUGUGUAAAUCAUGCGGUCUGAAACACAUGGGUGAUGCGGCCAUCUGAUUGCAUGCAUAUGUAGAUUGUUGUGUUAUGUUUUGUGCUAAAUGUGUGUUGUUCUUGUAUCUUACAAUAUAUUAGCAUUUGAUUA